UCAUAGCCGUGUGACAACCGCGGCUUGCUUUUGUCGGCUCGCAACAUGUGUUAUCGAACCCGCGCACGUUUAUUUCGGGGUGUCGCAAAUCAGCGCUUUGAAGUGGUUACGUGAGAGUUCAGUGACGGCCUUGCCAGAUGGGGCAGAUGACAAUCGAAGCUCUCUCGUGACGAGUUUCUUGCGCGCAGUGUCUGCUUGCUGUUUGUUUGCUUAGUACCUGUUUGUUUAGGUUCAACAUGAGCGCUGAAUGCGAACCGGCGCUUGCGGUGGAUUCCGUAUUAAGAAGGUCAGGAGAGCUGCCGGUUAACGAAAAAAUCGAAGUUAAAGGCUAUGAUUUCAACGAUGGCGUCGACUACGCCCGCAUUCUUGAAAGCUACAAACGCUCAGGCUUUCAGGCGACGCAUUUUGAUCGUGCUGUCAACGAGAUAAACCGCAUGCUGGAAUGCAGAUCUAUGCCUCUCGAGAAGGAUCAGCUUGACGAGCAUGAAACUGACGAGUUCAUUCGUAGAAAGUACGGCUGCACAAUUUUUCUCGGCUACACCUCCAACAUGGCGUCUGCCGGUGUCAGAGACAUCAUCAGAUUUCUUGUGGAACACAAAAUGGUUGAUUGUAUAGUGACAACUGCCGGCGGUGUUGAAGAGGACCUUAUUAAGUGUCUGGCACCUACCUAUGUUGGAGACUUUACCCUGAAAGGAAGUUCGCUCCGUGAUUUAGGCAUCAAUCGCAUUGGAAACUUACUGGCUCCAAAUGACAAUUAUUGCCUCUUUGAGAACUGGGUCAUUCCAAUUUUCAACAAGAUGCUUGAAGAGCAGCGCAUGCAUGGGACCAUCUGGUCACCAUCGAAAAUGAUAGAAAUGUUUGGAAAGGAAAUCAAUGACAAGAGGUCUAUCUAUUACUGGGCUGCCAAGAACAAGAUCCCAGUAUUCUGCCCUGCACUAACUGAUGGCUCCCUUGGAGACAUGAUCUACUUUCAUUCAUACCGAAAUCCAGGUCUGAUUGUAGACAUAGCUCAAGACAUUCGUCGUAUUAAUUCAAUUGCAGUGAAAGCAGUGCGAUCUGGUAUGGUGAUUGUAGGUGGUGGACUUGUAAAGCACCACAUCUGCAACUCAAACAUGAUGCGCAAUGGUGCAGAUUUUGCAGUAUAUCUGAAUACAGGUGCAGAGUUUGAUGGCAGUGAUUCAGGGGCAACUCCUGAUGAAGCAGUGUCAUGGGGAAAAAUUCGCAAAGAUGCUCACCCUGUAAAAAUUUAUGCAGAUGCCACACUUGUGUUUCCUCUCUUAGUUGCACGAACAUUUGCCACUUGGCACUUCCAGAACAAGCAACAGGCAAAUGGUGACAAAGGAAGUGUGCUUUGAAGCAUAGUAACUUGAUGGGAACUUCUGACAAUAUACUUCUGAUACUUAUUUGGUUGCAAUUUUAGCAUUUAUGCAGUGCAGAAAAGGUUUGCAAAGGUUAAAAAAAAUUAUUAUGGAAAACAUGUAAGGUCAAGAAGCUUAGAUGUAUGAUGAAAAACUAGCUUGAUUGCGGGAUGGGAAGAAACAUGUUGGGUAGGUCCUUACCGGGUUCAUAAUCAAGUAUAGGUAGUUGCUGGGAACUUGCGUCUCGCAAAAAAUCAGGUGGCCGGCGUCUCACGUGAACAUUUUUUAUAAAUUGUAAACUGUGUAUAAGGGAAAACUAUUUAUGUAGCCAUCGCUAACUAGUGCCAUAAGCACAGUUACUGUGAUUGUGAAUGAGCAGAAUCCAAGCGCAAUACACUACAUGCGUGGCAUAUAAUUGAGUGUAUGCCUGCUUGUAUUGUAUUAUCACUGACCAUGUUGUAGGGGCCCUGUUAGCUUUAUAUAUACUCUUGGUCUUGUGCCUUUAUCACCUCAACUGCUUGCUGAUGUGUUGUUGUCAACCCCUGUGACAGCAACUUAGUGAAUGAGCUGUUAGAUCAGGAACUGCUUAAAAACCUGUGUAGAUAAGAGCCUUGCUUUAUAUGGUCCUCUUAUGUCAGACUGUGCCAUCGUGGUAAAUUUUGAAUAAUUUUGUAGGAACGGUUGCUUUAUGGAUAAUAGCUAUAUUCUUUGUAUGAAAGUGUGCCCAUCUGCUAGUGAACAGUCGUGUAAGAACUAGCACUGUUACUUUAGCUAAGAACUUGUACUAAAUGUUGAUAUUGCAUUACAGCUUGAACAGUGUUAAUUGUGCAAAGCCAUUCCUUGUUUGUUGAAUGUAGUUUACUGGCUGUCUAUAUGGUAUGAUUACUAUUGUUCAUUUAGGCUCUGGAGUGGUUACCUUAUGAGUAGGCAAACUUAAAGUGUUUUUGCACUUAUGCACAAUAAAACCUGCUCUUUCAGACCUUGCUGAAGGGUGUGCACAACCUUGAAUAUACCAAUUUAUUAUGCCCAGUUUGUAACAUAUGUAGCAUUACCACGAACGUAAUGAGGUAGCAGACUAAUGAAGGCCUGAAAAAUAAAAUAUGCUAUUGCUGGCAACUUCAUAGCCAAAGGCACAGGAGUAAAAAAAAUAUAUAUAAACAGUAUGCAAAACAAAAAGUAAAAUAGUUUGCCACAUGCUGUUGAUUUGUUCUGUGCACUGUUUCUACUUUUUACUGUCCACAAAGAGUGAAACCAAGGAAGGAGUUGAACCCUCUUGUGUAUGCGAAGAAGUCUGGGUGCAAAAUAGCUCCCAAGCUGCAGGGUUAGUUAUCUCCCAUUGCUUGACCACCUGGUGUUCAAGCCCUCUGCUUGAUAGGAAAUUGCUUUUUGUUCAUAGGCCUGGUGUGAAUGUGACACAAUGCAAACUGAUAUGCUGGGAAUUUCAGGAGGAACGCACCAUAGUUAUGCAAAGUUCAGCAUGUGCAUUUAAUAGUAAAGAAAGCCUUAUUUGGUCUACAUGUAUUGGCUAGGUCUGUGCCCCUUUUCUUUAAUAUGGAUAUUCUUGUUAACCUGUACUACAGCUUCAUUCACUCACAUUGGUUACUGCAUCAGAAACUGGGGAACUACAUACAAAACUCACUUGUCACCUAUGUACAUACUUCAAAAAGAGCCCUAUGAAUUAAAUCCAAAAGUGUGCUGUAAAAUAGCACAAAUUUGUUUUUACUUCUGAAUAUACUUAAUGUAUAUGACAUUAGUCAACAUCAACAAAUUACAGUGCAGUGUCUCUGACCUCUUCUCGAACAAUUCAGUCUUCACUAUACCACUGGCUUCUCCCCAAAAAACACACUAUGGUAGUGAUCUCCGCAAAUGCUUCAGUGCUAAAACAUGGAACAAUUCAAACAAUAGUGUUAAAUAGCAGGUUCGUACAGUAUGUUCCAGAAACUGGUUCACAAUUGAUGCAGUUUCUUGUCUUGCGCUCUUGGUUUUGUGUUUUUUUGGAAUUGUGUAUUUAUUGUGUAUGCUUUUUAUUGGUGGUUUUAAUAUUUUGAGUAUCUGCAUAAAUACUGUUAUGCUGUUUGUGUGCUGCUAUUGAUGUGUGUGUCCCAUGAAAUGUUCUGGUGAGACCCUUUAACAAUAUCAUCGGGUUUCUUUUUGCACUUGAAUAGACUGGUCACUAAUAAAACUAAUUCAAACUCAA